AAUUGUGGCAACACUAGUGGAAAUACAAGCAAUAAGACGUUUGGUAACGUCAGUAGCCAUCUCUCUAAACACUUGAAUGGAUCACCUCGCCUCUCCGAAGCUGUUGGAAUAUCCAACCAUAGCAACAGUGGUGGAAACGGAGGUGGCUCUGCCUCAACUUGUCUUAUGGUUUUCGCUCUCUGCUUUGCUGCUCUCUUCUUCGGCGCUCCUUCGCCCCAGACUCCAGGCUCGGCUAUCUCGCCCUUUUGGCCUGUUUCUUACGGCUCAGCUCGUCAAUCUGCUUCACCAGAACUUUCCUCAUCAUUGAUGUCUUCUUCGUCGCUACAUUCGAUGACAUCUAAUAUAGGAGAUAGCGCUGAUAGUAAAAAGGGCAUGUCUUCAAGUCAAGAGCAAUCUGGGGGUGCUGGGUUCAUGCUAAAUCAGGUAGACAAUCGCACACAGAUUGGUUACUCAUGGUGUCGUAAGCCGAAUUGUCAAAUGACAGAUAGGCCUUAUAUGAGAUCCCACCAUCCCAAUUCGUUUGCUACGCAGGAUGCUUCCUCUUAUUUCCAGAACCAGGAAUCGCAAACGGCUGCAACUUCAGUUCCACUAUCAGAUCACAUGUCUUCUGUCUCAAAUUCUGCUAUAUCUUCCCGCAACCUCAGUUGUGAUUUAGAAUUUGAUCCCAUUGCUGAAAAUUCGCACUCAGACUGGCCUGAAUACAAUGCGGCUUCAUGGCAAAGAACCCAGUGUGGCGCAACAGAUACUUACCAAGAUAUCAGCACAAGUAAAUCAAACAUCUAUAAUCGUAUUAUGUGUUACUCUAAGUAA